AUGGCAUCAACAUCAGCAACAACACCUUCUUCUUCUUCUUCCUCUUCCUCCUGUUCCAAUUCAAAGAAAGGUGGGAGAUCAGAGGUGGAACACAAACUGGGGGAGUUCUUCAUGUAUCAAAUCGCUCACGACGCUUCUCCAGCAUAUGGUGGAGGAUUCGGGGCUGGUAAUGCUGCUGUCAACAAGUAUGGUUUGCGUAGAACCUUGGAUCACAUUCGUCUUACUGGAAACUUCCCAUUGUAA